AUGUCUCAACACAUCGUCCCACCAUCCGAAAACACCUCAACCAACGAUUCGGAAUGUUGGAUUGGAUCGUAUUUUCGAGAUUGUAUUGAAAAUAAUGAACAAUAUACACCAAACGUGCAAUGUGAUGAAAAAGUACAAGAGUUCUAUAGAACAUUAAUUUCGGAAUGUGGACAACAAAUUUCUCUUCAAAUUGUGGAGUGUGAUAACAAUGCAAGAGCCUACUACCAACGAAGAUUCAAUCACGAAAAACAAGUGGAGGAGCGAAGUAUCAUUGUAUGUAAAAACCAUGUACUGGAAGAGAAGGAUUUGAAUGAAGUGUUAAGACAUGAGCUUAUUCAUGCCAUUGAUGAUUCUCCAAAAUGCUCAACAGUUAAUUUAAGAAAUUUACAUGAUAGGAGCUGUAGUGAGAUACGAGCUGCAUAUUGGGCGGAAUGUGGAUCAUUACUGAGACCACGUUCAAAUACUGAGCCAUCCAAAGUUCAUUAUCAAUGUGUGAAACACACUGCUAUGCAAUCGGUCAAACUCGAUCAUCCAUUCGAACUUGUCCCAGAAUCAGUCAAACGAAUGAUGUGGAAAUGUUACAAUAGCAAAAUUCGACUCAAUAGUGGGGAUUAA